UAGGGUAGGCUCCUCUCUUUCGGAAAAGGAAAAGCAACAAAUAGAGAAUGGAUUCUUGACUAAUGUAUAUCAUGUCUCUUGGAUAAGAGCAAAGAAUUCUAUGAUCCUGUCAGCCUUCUCCCGUACUACACUGUUUCUUCAAAUCACCUCACAUCUAGAUGUGCAUUAAAAUUGGAGAACUGUAUGAUUCAUUCAGUUUGCAGAAGUAUUUUUUUGACCAACUGUCAGGAACCCUCAAUGCACCUCGAUUUUUGAAUUCAACAUGUCUCCUAGUGUCAGUAUUUAGAGCUCUUUGGUGCUGUGUUUAUGUUCCACAGUAUGGUGUUUGGUAUCCUCGGCUGUUCAAGAACUGGUAUGCUUUCCAACCAUGACUGCAUGUAAUGGAGCCCAUUUUUACGUGUCUCUUGAUGAAGGGUGUGAUUGUUCCUUUAAUUCAUGAGCUUAGUAUUUUAAAUAAAGUGGAGGGAUAAAUGUUUUGCUUGUCCAAAAUUCCACACCUUAGUCGCGAUGGCCUGGGAUUUCCACAAUGUAUGUUUUGUUUCUGGUUUGUAACCUAUAGGUUGUUUUUAGCUGGUAGCUCCUUAAAUUCCUUAUUGGUUGAAGGUUCCUGACCUUUGGACCCUUAACAAUUGUGCUUAUAAUUAUCGAAUGAGAAGUGACCUGCUUUAUUUGCAUUAGGACACGUACUAGCCAGAGCAUUUUUCAUUUUAGCUCUUGCCAAGGCACUCUGAAUACACAAGUUACCGGGUAUUAAAAUAUCCUGUCACAGGAUCAUUGAAGAUUGCGGUACAUGUAGAAUCAUGCAGAGCUUAUUAAGGAGUGGAGUUGGGCAUAGAUGGUGCCAUGCUGUACAAUGGAAGACUAUGCUUGGUAGUAGACACAGGCAGCUAAGCCAACCAACAGUCAGACACAAGACAAGAGCUGUUAUAUUUGACCUGGGUGGAGUAUUGGUACCAAAGCCAUACCCUAUAUUUGCAGAUUAUGAAAGAAUGAAAGGUGUACCUAUAGGUACAGUGAAGGACCUGAUUGUAGCUGCAGGAAAAACAGGUUCAUUCAGACGGCUAGAAAGAGGUCGUAUCUCAGCUGAAAGAUUCGGCCAAGCAUUUACAAAAGAAGGCAAAGAAAUACUUGGCAUAGACUGUGACUUCAGUGACUUUCUUGGGUUCUUUGAAUCACACAUCUCAGAGCCAUUUCCUGAGAUGAUUGACGCAGUCCAGUGUGUACGUAGUGAAGGCCUCAAGACAGCUGUCUUGUCAAACUUCUGGCGUUAUGAGGACCAGCAACUUUCUCCUCUACCAAUAAACCGCAACUUGUUCGACGUGAUUAUAGAAUCUUGUUGUGUAGGCUAUGCCAAGCCUGAUCCUGAGAUCUAUACCCUGUGCCUGGAGAAUCUCAGAUUGAAGCCAGAUGAAGUCAUUUUCUUGGAUGAUCUCAAAGACAAUAUCGAAGGGGCUAAAGAAAUGGGAAUUCCUGCAAUUGAGGUGCAUAAUACACAACAAGCCCUUGAUGAUCUCUACCGGUGUCUUCAGUUUCCUGUCCAAGGGUACCAGCCUGGUACUACAUCGGUUCGUAAGGGAAUGCAACUCAACGAAGACAAUCUGAAAACCUACCUAACAUCGCUAGGAGUGGGGUCAUCACAAGAUCACAUCACUAUCCGAGAAUUCAAACAUGGACAAUCGAAUCCAACAUACUUUGUGAAGUUUGGUGGAAGAGAUCUGGUGCUUCGAAAGAAACCUCCAGGAAAGCUUCUGCCAAUGGCUCAUAUGGUAGAGAGAGAGUAUGAGGUGAUGAAAGCAUUAGGACAGGAUGGGGUACCAGUCCCUCCUCUAUUAGGCCUCUGCCAGGAUGACAGUGUUAUUGGAACCCCUUUCUAUGUGAUGGAAUACGUAGCAGGAAGAGUGUUUGAAGACCCUACACUACCCGGCAUGGAGGCAUCAGAGAGACGAGACAUCUACAAAGCCAUGGUAGAUGUGUUGUGUAAGAUACACGACGUAGAUGUAGCACAGGUGGGACUAGACAACUAUGGCAAGCAUGGUCAGUAUGUUGCUAGACAAGUGAAGACAUGGUCUAAGCAGUACAUCGCUAGUAAAACCCAUGAAAUUGAGUCUAUGAAUAAACUCAUGGAAUGGUUGCCUCAACAUGCUCCAAAAUCAGAUGACACAACUGUUGUUCAUGGGGAUUUCAGGCUAGAUAACUUGAUAUUUCAUCCGGAGAAGCCAGAAGUCCUAGCCAUCUUGGACUGGGAACUCUCAACGCUUGGUGAUCCUUUCUCGGACCUUGCUUAUAGCUGUCUGCCAUAUUUCAUGUCCAGUGGUGAAUCACCACUGUUCAAAGGUUUCAAAGGGUUGGACAUUGAUGCGUUGGGUAUACCUGCUUUGGAAGAUCUCACAGCCUUGUAUUAUGAGAAGAGAGGCCUUAAACCGAUCGAUAAUCUUCAGUUCUAUAUGGCUUUCAGUUACUUCAGGAUUGCAGCUAUUCUUCAGGGGGUCUACAAACGUUCCCUACAAGGUCAGUCCGCUUCAGGCAAAGCUAAAUCUAUGGGAGCAUUAGCUGAACAAAUUUCUGAUUUGGGUUGGUCACUCGCCAGUCAAGCUCAGGGUUUGAAAGGAAGCGGGAACAUGUCCUCUCGAAGCUUCUCUACUAUGGCUGCUCAUCAUAGUGUACCUGUUAGACAUUACUCACAGGCAGCAAGACAAUCAGGUGGGUUUGCGUACACACCAUCAGGAUUGUCGGAGAGAGUGCAGGAACUACACGGUAAACUCCUAGACUUCAUGGACAAACAUGUCUAUCCUGCAGAGCAAGAAAUGGAAGAAUACUAUCUCCAUGCAAAUCAUUGGAAGUCACACCCUCUGAUGGAAGACCUGAAGAGUAAAGCUAAAUCAGAAGGGUUAUGGAACCUGUUUCUUCCCGUUGAGUCUGAUCCAGGACUCAAGUAUGGAGCUGGUUUAACCAACCUAGAGUAUGCCCAUCUGUGUGAGAUCAUGGGACGUUGUCUCUAUGCACCAGAAAUCUUCAACUGUAGCGCACCUGAUACUGGUAACAUGGAGGUACUUGCCAGGUAUGGUACUGAGGAACAAAAGGAUCAAUGGUUGAAACCUCUCCUGGCCGGUGAGAUCAGAUCCUGCUUUGGAAUGACUGAACCGCAUGUUGCCUCUUCUGAUGCUACCAAUAUAUCAGCUCAGAUCGAUAUCGAUGGAGAUGAGUUGGUUCUCAACGGACGUAAAUGGUGGACCUCAGGAGCAAUGAAUCCACACUGUAAGGUGUGCAUCUUCAUGGGCAAGUCGGACACAUCAGCCAGCCGUCACCAACAGCAGUCCAUGGUACUGGUUCCUAUGGAGGCAGCAGGAGUGACCAUAGUACGACCCUUGUCAGUGUUUGGGUUCUAUGAUAGGCCUGAAGGGCAUGCAGAGGUAGCCUUUGAUAACGUCAGGGUUCCUGCAGGGAACAUGAUCUUGGGAGCAGGGCGAGGAUUUGAAAUUGCUCAGGGUCGUCUUGGACCAGGUCGUAUACAUCAUUGUAUGAGAUUGGUUGGAAUGGCAGAGAGGUCUUUAGAACUCAUGAUACAUAGGGUAUUGAAUCGAGUAGCGUUUGGUAAGACUCUAGCUGAACAGGGUGUCAUCCAAGAAGAUAUAGCUGAAUCAAGGAUAGAGAUUGAACAAGCUAGACUACUCACUCUCAAAGCAGCUCAUUUGAUGGAUACUGUAGGAAAUAAGAGAGCUGCAGCAGAGAUAGCCAUGAUCAAGGUAGUAGCCCCUAAUAUGGCUCUGAGGGUGGUAGAUCGUGCCAUGCAAGCACAUGGAGGAGCAAGCGUAUGUUCAGACUUCCCCUUGUCCCAUUUCUACGCUGGAGCUCGUUCCUUGAGGCUGGCUGAUGGUCCAGAUGAGGUGCAUCGUCAGGCUAUAGCUAGGAUGGAGCUUAAGAAGGCUAGACCUACCUAGUCCAACUUAUCCCGCACAGGUACAGAACAACAUCUGAAAUAAAACCAAAUCAUGCAAUAGAGAAAGGAGAAUUUCAUAGAGUUUAUAGGAAUUAUGGAAAUGAAUCUUAAUCUAAAUGGUAUAAAAUACUGAAUAUUUGAAUGACUUUUCUGAGAUUCAUUCAGAUAUUGGAUCUUGAUCAAAUCAUGCGAUGGUCUUUGGACUUCAAUUAAUUUAUUGAUUUAUGUCUAUUUUCAUAGUGAAUGCGUUAACUGUAGUAUAAUUUUUUUCAUGGAUAUGGCUUUCAUCUUCAGUCAAGUUAUACUGUGUAUGUCAACCUCUGAUGUGCCUUUAACUCAUAGCCUGCCAUAAGGCUGCAUGCACGCUAUCGUUAUAGUGCUUUGUAUAUGCGAGAGAGCCAUCGCUUGAGUGCCAUGUGCGUGCAAUGCAGCAUUCGUAAUAGCAGUUAUUGUUCAUGCUCAUUGGACUGUGCUGUGUAUUUUGCACUCGCUAUUCAUAGAACUGUCGUGUUAAUCAGAUUAUCUCCAAAACAACCUGGCACGGGGGGAUUUGGGGCUUGGCACAAUGGGGAUUAGUCCUGUGGCAUGAUUAGAGUUAAAAUCAUUUGGGGCGUGGUGGAUGUUGCAGCUAAAGGCCACUCAUAUCUGCUUGAGAGUCUUGGCAGAGAAGCAUUGUUUUAAAAU